GCGCACCCAAAAUUCAUCGGUCAUUUUUGCUCGGCCGUCUUUCGUCUCGCCGUCACCGUCUUCUCCUUCUUUGCAUUGCCAGGAUCUUGUUUUUAGAUUCCUGCAAUGGCUUUCAGGAGAGCCUUAUCCAUAAGGUCAACACUUACCGGUGGACCAAGGAAGCAGCUAGCUUCUUUCCACAUCAUCCCUCGUGACAAUGACCAUGACCAUGAAGAGAGUUCCUUCACAUCUCAAAGAAGCUACCAUAGCUUCCUCCAUCACCAAAGAUCACCUAUCAGCUCAGGCUUACUAAAUGUGCCUCUGGCUCCUACUUCUGCGUCUGCUUUUGCUUUCUAUCGCUAUAUGUCAAGUGCACAUGGUGUUGGUUCGGAGAAGAUUGGUGUGAUUAACGAUAUCGCAGAAGUUAUAACUGACUCAGCAACGUUGCAAGAUGCGCCAGCUCAGGCUGUUGCUGCUGUCAGUGAAGUUGCACUUGCGGCUAAUGACUCUUUCUUGCCUAUCGCUGCGCUUCAGCAUUGUAUUGAUAUGGUUCAUUGUUACACUGGUUUUGAGUGGUGGGCGUCCAUUGUUUUAGCAACAGUGUUGAUUCGGUCUUCUACAGUUCCUCUCUUGAUCAAACAAAUGAAAGACACAAUGAAGUUAUCGCUGAUGAAGCCGCGACUCGAAGCCAUUCGUGAGGAAAUGGAAAACAAGGGAAUGGAUCAGGUUACUAUGGCAGAAGGUCAAAAAAAGAUGAAGAACUUGUUUAAAGAAUAUGGAGUCACUCCAUUCACCCCAAUGAAAGGGAUGCUUAUUCAGGGACCUCUCUUCAUCUGCUUUUUCCUUGCUAUUCGAAACAUGGCAGAGAAGGUACCUUCAUUCCAAACCGGAGGUGCAUUAUGGUUCACCGAUCUAACCACACCUGACAGCUUAUACAUCUUACCGGUUAUAACAGCAUUAACAUUCUUAAUAACUGUUGAGUGUAAUGCACAAGAAGGCAUGGAAGGUAACCCAAUGGCAGGCACUAUUAAAAACGUUUUCCGAGGCUUCGCUCUCCUCACUGUUCCAAUGACAAUGAGUUUCCCACAGGCUAUAUUUUGUUACUGGAUCACUUCAAACUUGUUCUCUCUCACGUAUGGACUUGUGAUUAAACGUCCUCAAGUGAAGAAGAUGUUAAAGAUACCUGAACUACCUCCAACUCCUCCAGGUCAACAACCUUCCUUUGACCUCUUCGCAGCUCUCAAGAAAAUGAAAGCCAUGACACAGGACCAUACACAGAAGGAGACACAACCAUCUUUGCCAGUAAACCCAAGGAUGUCAUCUUUGAGUCCUGUUAGUAAGAGGCUCAAGGCUUUGGAGAGCCAAGUUAAGGCAAGGAAGAAGAACAACAGCAAGAAGAGGUGAUUUUAAACAUUUUGUGUGCAUUUCAUUUUUUUUGUUAGAGGAAAGAAACAAUAAAAAGCUUUUGUAUCAAAAGUGUAGAGGAUGAGAACCAAUCAUACUACACAAUUUGUUCUCAUUUAGAUGGAAACUAAACCCAGAGAGACACCUUAUUAGUGAAGUUAUAUGUUUUCUUGAUAAUUUUAUCAAAACAAUAUUGUAAGUUUGUUCUUUUUGAAACUUUAAU